GAUAUGUAUUACCAUCAAGCUUCUGAAAACACAAAAUCUCUUCUUCUACUUCAAUAGAUUCUGAGUUUUUGUGUCAAAAUGGUUUGUUUUUGUUUCUUGGUGGAUCAGAAGAGGAAGAUAAGGAGCAGCAAACCGGUGGCCGGGACGUGUUCGAGGUGUGGCCGGAGCGCAAGAGUGGCGGAUAUGAAGACGGCGACUAGGUUUUGUUAUGUUCCAUUUUAUUGGAGGUCUUGGAGGGCGAUUAUUUGUAGCUUCUGUGGUGCUGUUCUUAAGUCUUAUGCAUAGAUUCUGGAGUUCCUCCAUGUACCAAUAACUCUGGGUUUGUUCUGUUAGGUAAGUUUGAUUGUUUGUUUAUACAUGCAAAGAAAAGUCUUUAACA